UAUCAAAGUAAAAAUAUGUGCCUCGAGCUCUUUACUGUUGCCAGGGCGUCAAUGGCGGAACUCCGCGGCAGAAGUUAAUAUGACACAACACAGGCUCGCAUAAGAGGUCAACAAGGAUGUCAAUAGAGGCAGAGGCGUUGCUGCAGGAGGCGAAGGAGAGCAUAGAAGCAGCUCAAAACUACAGAAGCGAGUUACAGCAGAGACUGCACGGACUCAGCCAGGCACGCAAACAGGUGCGAGGCAGUGCCAGUCAGACGCGUGAGGCCCUGCAGAGGCACUUUCAGGAGCUGCAGACAGCAGUGAGUCGACUGCUGACCGAGAGGUUGAAUGCUCUGCUUCAAGAGGUCGACAGCAUCGAGCUGGACAGCGUCAGUCCCUUAGAUGACUGUCAGAAGCUCAUUGAGCAUGGAGUCAGCACAGCUGAUGAGCUGCUGCGAGAGGGGGAGGCUGCCAUCCGCUGUGGCAUAAAUGAGAAGGAGGACAAGCUGGGCAGCUUCACUAAGAAAGCCCUGCAGAUCCAGUUGGACAGUCUGCCCGAGGUCCCUGCGCUGGUGGACGUGCCGUGUCUGUCUGCGCAGCUGGACGACUCUUUGCUGCAUGUGUUUCGUGCACACGUGGCUCGGCACGGCAGCGUGGCCUCUCAUCCACCCGUCCAGAUUGAAGAGCUGGUGGAGCGACCGGGCGGUGUGCUGGUGCGCUGGUGUAAGGUGGACGAUGACUUCGCCCCGCAGGACUACCGGCUGCAGUACCGCCGCGGUAACUCUUCUCAGUAUGAGGACGCGUACAUUGGAAAAGACACCGAGUUCCUAGUGCUCCAUCUCGACCCGCACAUCGACCACCUGUUUCGUGUGUGUGCCAGAGGAGAGGGCCGAACCGAAUGGAGCCCAUGGAGCAUCCCGCAGACCGGCUACACCACGCUCGCACCCCACGAAUGGCUUCCAGGCGUGGAUGGUUACAUUCUGAGCAGCAGGAAGAACAUCGCCAUGCGCAGUGACUCAUCGCCCGGUCACGGGGGUGUUCUGUACUCCAACUCCCCCUCGUACUUCUGCGGCCAGACCCUCACCUUCAAGAUCACAGCUGCUGGACAGACAGAUAAGCGUGACUGUUUGGGGGUGUGUGCGGACAGCAGAACUGACACAGACUCACUGCAGAGGGAUCAGGCUGUCUGCAUCUCCACUAAUGGUGCCGUGUUUGUCAAUGGAAAAGAGAUGACCAACCAGCUACCAGCCAUCACCAUUGGCUCUUCUGUGACCUUUGACAUGGAAGUAGUCAACCUCUUUCCUGUGAGCAACAACAAUAACCCCAGUGAUGUGGGAAACUUCAAGCUGAGGGUGACGAUUGGCUCAGGGAACAGGGAGGUGGUGUUUGAUUGGCUGCUGGAUCAGGUGGUGGACAGCCUUUUCUUCGGCUGCUCCUUCACGCACCCCGGAUGGAAAGUGCUGGUGUUUUGAUUGUUGCAUGAUAAAAGAUCCAGUCUGCUGGAAUCCCAAGACCUCAAGUUUCUUUAAUGUUAUCAAACUUCCCAAGUGCUUACAGUGUUCAGACGUCACAUUUGCCCUUCCCCCCAUCAUUAUCAACAGCACAUUUCACUGCAAAUAACAUUAAACUUUGUUCUGAGGUAUGAUGCCAACCACUACUCUUUGACCUCAUUACAGGUGGACAGGUGUUGUGGUAUUUGCAUAACAGUAAAUAUUUGCAAAAGAGACUUUUACAUGUUAGAUGAGUCUAAUAAAGUCUUAAGCUGCAGGUGUUAAGUUGCAAAGCAUGCUGGUCUGGUUUACCACAGAAAAGAAUCUACUGUGAAGCAUUCAGAGAUAAAAGGCACUCAAAACUGCUCAAAAAUGUACAAGAACGGAUGCCUGGUACUCUUGUGUUCUUUUAGAAAGUACUGUUUUUAAUUUUUACGUCACAGGGUAGUGUUUAACGUGUCCCCCCUGCUCACAACUUUAGCAAAUAAUACUGAUCAGUAGAUGUUUCCACAGAAAUGUGAUCAUUCGCACUAAGCUUAAGUGUUGUGCCAUUUUAUUAUGAACUUUUUUAAUGUUCACAUUUUUACAUGCAUGCCUGUUUUACUGUACCACGUUUUUAUUAGCUGGCUUACCCUACAGUAAUGUCUAUAAUGCAUUGGUUGAAAAUUUCAGAGGAAAGACAUUUUAUGAGGAAACAAGCCGCCGAUUGGCAUGUUCCUGAGAUAAAAACAUCAUUACAAGGUACUAUGUAAUUCCUCACUGCAGAAGAGAACCUUAGUAACCCAACGCCCAUUAACCCGCGAAAGAUCAGAUCUAUAACUAUAUUUAUAAAACUGUGAUCGUUUAAUGUUUAUUUACCUCAUUUUGUCUGUGCCUUUGCAGUACAGCUGUAAGAAUACAACUGAACAUUUGCCAUGCAAUAAAUUGUUUGAAACAUUA